AUGGAGAAAAAAUUACGAGAGUUGGAUUUGAAAAUUAAAGAUUUGAAAGGUGGGUAAUAGGAAGGGACUGAUAUUGAGAGUUAUUUUACCACUAACAGUAAAUCAUGUUAUAAUAUAGAUUACCUUUGAAUUCGAAACAGGCGGUUAACGUUCGUUUGUCUUUAGAAAAGGUUUCGAAAGUUGCUCCAUUUCAAGACGAACUUUUCAACGAUCCGAGGUUCAGCAAUCAAAAAAUAAAUGUGGGGAAAACAACGUUCUAUGUAAGUACAAAAAUUUUUUGAUUUUUUACAAGCAUUUUUUAGGUUUGCAAACACCAACUGGCCAAGAAAUCGCCGGUUUUUAAAUCCAUGUUUAGUUCGGGCUUGAAAGAAGCCGAAGAAGGUGUCCUGGAACUGCACGAUGAUCCCGCUGCUGUAGAAGCCAUGUUGAAAUACGUUUACAUGAAUUCGAAAAUCAAUGAUCUUCAGUUGGCAAUGAAUGUGGUACCCUUGGCGUACCGAUACGAUUUGACGGACCUUAUGGUAAGUGGAUUGCUUUGGGAAUUUGUUGGAAAGUAGUGUGUUUCAAGAAAUUUUGUACAAUUUUUUUGCUUGUAUCUUUGUUUUCGCAGACACAAGAAAAAAAUGCAUAUACUUAAAACAGGGUGCAUUAUCUUUGGUCAAUUUUUCCAGAACGAAUGCGAAUUGGCGAUCUUGAAUGGGAUCUCUGACGAAAGCGCUGAGCAGGCGUUUGAUUUAGCCGGAAAGUUUGACCUGAAGUUGGUUUUUGCAAAAAGCUGUCAGCAUCUUCUGCUUAACGCCGAUCUGGGAAGUGAUACUAAUUGUCCCCAUGUUGCCACAGUAAAGCCCGGAAAAAGUUGGCCCGAUCGGAGGUCACGUUGCGAAACCUGCGGUGAUGAAAAAGAGGCCUUCGCGUGCUUGGUGUGCCACAAAGUAUUCUGCAGUCGUGCAAUGGAGCACCGUAAAAACACCGGACAUGGGAUAGAGAUUAGAUUAUCCGACUUAUGGGCUCAUUGCUAUGAUUGUGAUUUUAAAUUGUAA